CAAAGAAUCGGCUCUUAGAGCCGGCUCUCUCGCGAACCACAAAUCACUAGGUUUAAAAAGUUGAUGUUAAAAAAGAUAGUUUAAAAAGCCUAGCUGGAUACUUUGGUUUACAUUUUAAAUACUACAAAACAAUAGUCUUAAUUUUAUCCGGCAUAUUAAGAAUACCACUUACUGUAAAACAUCAGAAAUUAUAAAUAAGUUUGAGACUUGUUAUUAACGAAUUGGUAUUUGCAUCAGUUAUAUCGUUCCAUUACAUCAAAAUUAUUUAUUGAUUUGAAAAACUAAUUCUGAGCGGGAAAAUGAAACAAAAGCUUCUUAUCUGACUCAGAUAACUCAGAUGGGCGGGGCCUAUAGUUUAAAAGCAUACAACUGGUAGAUUUGCUUGCAGGCGCGUCUUCUUUAUGACCAAUAAAAUCAGCGUCAUACAUUCAUUGCUCCAAUCAGAGAACCCUGAUUAUUCCUUUUGAAAUUUGCAUACGGGCCUAAUAAAUAGCCAGUGUGCCUACCAUUAACACACUCGGAAUUUCUAAUUUCGAUUGAAGAACCAUGCCUGAACCAGCGAAGACUGCACCCAAGAAGGGCUCCAAAAAGGCGGUGACUAAAACCGCCGGCAAAGGAGGAAAGAAGCGCAAGAGGACCAGGAAGGAAAGCUAUGCUAUCUACGUGUACAAAGUCUUGAAGCAGGUUCAUCCUGACACUGGAAUCUCCUCUAAAGCGAUGGGAAUCAUGAACUCGUUCGUCAACGACAUUUUCGAGCGCAUCGCCGGUGAGGCUUCCCGUCUCGCUCACUACAACAAGCGCUCCACCAUCACAUCGAGAGAAAUCCAGACCGCCGUGCGUCUGCUGCUGCCCGGGGAGCUGGCCAAACACGCCGUGUCUGAGGGUACAAAGGCCGUCACCAAGUACACCAGCUCCAAGUAAAGCGCGGAGUCAAUUUCUACCCAAAGGCUCUUUUAAGAGCCACCCAUGUCUACACAGAGAGAGCUUCUAGUUCGUGUGGUCGUCCGUUCAGUAACCGUACAUUUAAAUAUGGAUCAUCUUUAAAGGGUUUUACUCGAAAACUUCAUGCUUAUUAAUGCGUAACAUUUAGAUUUCCAGCAGUAGCUCUUACUUUUUUUGUGCAUUUAAUACAAAUAUAUUU